AUGUUUGUUUCGCUGCAGAGGAGCGCACUACCCGCUUGGACCGCGUCAAGUCUCGCUAUCGGGAAGUUGGCGAGCAGGUGCGCACGGAAGCAAUAUCUUUUCACUUGCAGGCGGCCGGUGCGCUGUGGUACUCCGGAGCCAAGUUCACGACGCUCGCUGAGGAUGGCCUCGUCAGACCCAGCACAAGACUGCAUCUUUUGUAAAAUCAUUAGUGGUGAGCUUCCAUGCUACAAGGUUUUCAGUGACGAGAAUUGUACUGCGUUUCUCGAUCUGUUUCCAGCAACUUCGGGGCAUACGUUACUGGUACCGCGGUCGCAUCACGAGGUGCUCGAGACGAUGCCUCCCGAGGAGGUGUCCGCGGUUUUCGCGCGAGUGCCUCUCUUAGGAAAAGCGAUCAAAGCGGCGGUGGGUGCACCCUCAUACAACCUACUGGUAAAUAACGGACGGGAGGCCGGCCAGGUUGUGCCGCACGUGCACAUCCAUAUUAUUCCGCGCAAACCUGGUGAUGGUUUGAUCCGCCAUCCCGGUGGCGGGCCCCGACUGGAGCCGGACAAGGCUGAGCCACUUUUGCGAGUGCUCAAGGAAAAGCUUGGCCGCGCUGGUCCCUGA